AUGCCCCACCUCACCACCCGCAACAACAUCUCCAUCGCCCUCAUCGCCCUCUACACCCCCGCCCUCCUCCUCUCCCUCCUCCUCACCGCCCGCCACGGCCUCCGCCGCUCCUCCGGCUGGCGCUUCCUCCUCACCUUCUCGCUCGCGCGGCUCCUCGCCGCCGCCUUCCAGCUCAGCACCAUCGCGCACCCGUCCGACGCGUCGCUCUACAUCGGCGAGUGGGUGCUGCUGGGGAUCGCUUUGUCGCCGCUGGAGCUCGUGUCGCUGGGGUUGCUGUCGCGCGUGGCUGGCAGCAUCAAUAAAACAAGGCCGGAGACGGCGGUGACGAUCACGCCGCGGCACGUGCGGAUGGUGCAGGUGCUGAAUGCGGCGGGGUUGGCGCUGGCGGUGGCGGGGGGCGUGGAGGCGGCGGGGAAUGUUGGGGCGGGGGGAAGGGUGCAGGUGAGCGGGUUGACCAAGGGGGCGGUGGGGCUGUUCGUCGCGUCGUUUGUGGCGAUUGUGGGGAUCGCGGCCGUGGUGUGGAAGGAUGUGGCGUGUGCGGAGCCGGGGGAGAAGAGGCUGCUGGUGGCGGUGGGGGGCACGACGCCGUUUUUGCUGGUAAGGGUCGUGUAUACGGCGUUGAGCGUGUAUACCGGGGAGAUGCGGUUUAAUCCGGUGAUGGGGGAUGUGGGGUAUUUGUUGGGGAUGGCGCUGGUUAUGGAGUUGGUGAUUGUGUAUGCGUUUUUGGGGGUGGGGUUGACGUUGAAGAAGGUCGGGAAGGGGGAGGAGCGCGAGGUGGAGGGCAAGGUGGAGAUGUCGGCGAAGAGGAUGAGUGCUUGA